UGUAAUGCGCGCACCGAUGGUGCGGUGCGCCUCCAAGUCCUCUCUCUCUGUCUCUCUCUCUCGUUCCAUUCUUCUUCUCUUCCAAUUUCCAAUCCAUCCAAAAACCCUAUUUCUCCUCUUCUCUCUGCUCCACUCUUUCUGUAACAGUCACCUAAAAACCCCAGAAGCGUAUUCAUUUUUCAGUUUUAAUUCUUUCAUUUCUCCCACAUUCAUUUGUAAUUACUGCUGUCAGUUUCUACCGUAAGAUUCUGUUGGUUUGAAAUCAAGAAGAAAGAGGUGUUGAGAGAUGGGAAGUAACUUUCCCUCUCUUCCAGUGAAGCGAGCAGUUGCAUACAUCUCCGCUACUGGAAUGGGGGGUGAUACACACGUUGGUGUAUCCAAUGGUUCAUCUAAGUCCAAGAGGUCCAAGCAACCUCCACCACUCAUCAUUCCUCCCGGCCAUAUCGCCUUCCGAAUGCUUUGCCACGCUUCAAGAAUUGGUGGGGUUAUUGGGAAGUCGGGAUUCGUGAUAAAGCAACUUCAGCAAUCUACUGGAGUUAAGAUUCGCGUUGAGGAAGCUCCGAGUGAAUCACCGGACAGGGUUGUAACUGUUAUUGGGUCGCCGGCACUUACUUCCAGGGUGUUGUUGGAACAAAACCCUAGCGACUCUGGGGUCAGUGGGGAGGAAGUUGAGGCUUCGAAGGUCCAAGAAGGGCUUCUGAAGGUGUUUGAGAGGAUUUUGGAAGUAGCAGCUGAGAGUGAGGGUGUUGGAGUGGGUGCUGAAGUUGGAGUUGUUUCUUGUAGAUUGUUGGCGGACGUUGCUCAGGUCGGGUCAGUUAUAGGGAAAGGAGGGAAGGUUGUUGAGAAGAUAAGGAAGGAGAGUGGGUGUAGGAUCAGGGUUUUAACAGAUAAGUUACCGGCUUGUGCAGGACCUUCUGACGAAAUGAUUGAGAUAGAAGGGGAUGUUUUGGCUAUCAAGAAAGCACUUCUUGCUGUCUCUCGCCGUCUUCAAGACUGCCCUCCAAGUGAGAAGAGAACAGUCAGACCUGCUGAAGCAGUCGUCCAUGAGACUUUACCUGAUCUUCAUAUGGAUCAUAUUUUGCAAAGGAAUUCGGUUCUGCCUAUUUUGCCAAGUAGUUCAAACAUUUUUGCUUCAGGAAUCCAUUCAUUGUCUAUAGAUGCUGAUAUGCUGCCCCCAGUAGACACAAAUGUUGCCCAGCAGGAUGUUGUUUUUAAGAUUCUUUGUGCCAACGAUAGGAUUGGGGGUGUGAUUGGCAAGGGUGGUACAAUUGUUCGAGCCCUUCAGAAUGAAUCUGGUGCUACAGUAAGUGUUGGACCAUCAGUAGCUGGUUGUGAUGAGAGGCUGAUUAGUAUUACUGCUUCUGAGAACAUCGAAUCCAGAUACUCGCCAGCACAGAAAGCUGUUGUUCUUGUUUUCUCUAGGUCUGUAGAUGUGGCCAUUGAGAAGUGGCAAGAAAGCUCAAGUAAGGGAUCUCCUGUAGUGGCACGACUUGUUGUUCCAUCAAAUCAAGUUGGUUGUGUGUUGGGUAAAGGAGGUGUUAUAAUCUCUGAAAUCAGGAAAGUUACAGGGACAAACAUAAGAAUAAUAUCGAGUGAUCAGGUCCCGAAUUGUGCUGCAGAGAAUGAUGAAAUAGUACAGAUUUCAGGUGAGUUUUCAAAUGUUCAAGAUGCUUUGUACAAUGUAACUGGUCGACUGCGGGAUAACCUUUUUUCUAGCGUCCUGAGUAAUUCUGGAACAAGGAAUGGUGGCGUUACCUCUAUAUAUCCUGAGACCAGUCCAUAUGGUAGAUUAAGGGACCCUGCACCUCUAGUUCGGAGCACUCCGGUUGGCACUUCUCAUGGUAGUUUUAUGCAACAUUCUACAGCUCAAAGUUCAGACGACUUGGGUCUUUCUCACAGUUUAGACAGUCCAUCAUCACCUGGCUUGUGGCCAUCACAGUCUUUAUCUGGAAUAAGUUCUAGGGCCAUAUCAGAUGCUGGGAGGGGUUUGCCAUCCCAUAGGAGCGGAGUACAACUUGGCAGUGGGAACAAAACUGCUAUUGUGACGAACACAACGGUUGAAAUUGUAGUUCCUGAUGAUGUUAUCAGUUUAGUGUAUGGAGAGAAUGGCACAAAUUUAACACGUCUAAGACAGAUUUCCGGUGCAAAGGUGAUAGUGCACGAACCGGAUCCCAUAACGAGCGAUCGGCUUAUCGUCAUAUCUGGAACACCGGAUGAAACACAGGCAGCACAAAGCCUCCUCCACGCGUUCAUUCUCACUGGUUCCUCAUGACAAGUUUGGCUCUAAAUUUUACAGAUAGCCUUCUUCGGACCCCUCCCCAAAAAUAUUGUACACUUGAAUUAAAACUCGGCAUAAGUUUAUUCCAAUCUUAUUAGCUCAGGAAAGGGUAUUUGGCUCUAAUUUAUAUAUUUUCUGCAGGCUAGAUGCCGAAUUAUAAAGAGUUUUCCCAGCUGACUUCCCAUCCCUAGAAAGAGAGAGAGAGAGAGAGAUGGGGGGGGGGGGGGGAGAGAAAAAGAAAAAGUAAAAACCACGAAGAAAACCAAAAAAAAAGAAAAAAAAGGCAUGGGAACAUCUUGAUCUGGGCUCUUUGAGAUUAACUUUCCAAAGGUGAAUGUAAGAUGUGAAUUAAAAACACAAUCUUUAAAUUUAGUUUGUAACAAUUGUAAUAAUUUAAUCGUUUUCUCAUUGGUUUUUUCUCUUUUGGAAACAUUAUUUUUGAACAUUGAACGUAGCAACAAUUUAAAUAUUGUAUUUUCCAAAGGGGCUAAGGAUGGUUGAAAGUCUGAGUUACUCAGAUGUUUGUACUGAGACUGAUGCCGAAGUUGUUUUAAAGCGUUUCUAUACUAUGAAUUUUGCCA